AUGGUCAGCAAUGAUAUAAAAAACUUUUUAAUCGAUCAACGAUCGGAAAGACAAUUUCAUCUGAAUUUUUCGGGUAGUCAACGAGGAAAUGCAAUUGAGUUAUUUGAGAAACAGGAUGAUGCUCGCCCUUCUGAAGUAUCAACUUCUGAUAAUCCACUUGUUGUAAAUGAUGAUCGUUCCAUCGAAGUGUUAACCUCUGAAAACAUUGAAGCAGCAUCUUGUAAUGUAGAACACCAGUUAAACGAUUCUGAAUUAUCAAGAGAAAAUUCAGAAAACUAUUUGCCGUUGAGUUUGACAAUCGCGGGUGGAGCAACGUCUAGUGGGGAAGCAUUAACUUUUUCUUCACCACCAAAUCAAGGAUCAGAAUUCGAGCCAGGUGGAAGAUAUUAUAAUCAGAAGGACGAGAGAGGAACUAUUAAUAUUAUGACAGAGAACGUUGUCGCUACACUGGAUAAUUGUAAAGUCUCUAGUAGAAAUUCCGUCCGUAUUAUAUCUUCAAUAUCUAAAGCGUUAGAAUUAGAUACCAAUAAUCUAAUUUUGAACAAAACAUCAUUUAAUGAACAGCGAAAAAAAAUUCGAGAGCAAAAAGCUUUAAAAAUUCAAAAAUUAUUUGUCCAUAUCAAACGCAAAAUGGUCAAAGCGUUGACCUUGGAUACGGCUUAUGAAUUUGGUUGUCCCAAAAAAGGUGGUAAAAUACAUUUACGUAUGCAAGGACUUGGUGUUGGUGCCAGGGCUAGGUGUUGGUGCCUGGGUAUGUCGGACUCAGAAGUCAAUAUUAUUUUGCAACAAUACCGACUAAACAUCCUCCUCUCUCCUUUCCCCAUAGAUGUUACAGGGAAGACUGGAUCGGGACCGCGUUAG